UAAAGGAAAAAAAUCAUCGAGCUUUACACGAACAAAAAAACAUAAAAGAGAGCAAUGUUUCCCACAAUGAAUUUAGCAACGACACACAAACAAACAAUAUUUCGCAUUUUAAGAACACACAAAAUUGUUCCCAAUAUGCAAUAUCAGCUGUAGGAGAAUCCUUGGAGUCCAUAUCUCCUACAAAUGUUUUAAACACAACUUCUUAAAUCGUUUCAAAUGGCAUUAAAAAGGCCGCCACUUUGGCAUCAUCGAAAGCUGAUUUCAGAGAAGCUUCGCGGAACUUAUGUCUUAAUGAAACGUCAAAUGAUCAUUGGACUUCCGUAAGGCUCGACAUGUUUUCUUUGGUGACAUUUGACAACAAUAGCUGGUAUGUUGUCAAUUCCAAAUCUGUUAAAGAAUAUGACGGAAAAAACUGCAUCGUAAAAUACAAAGGAGCCUUCUAUUCAGCACAAUUAAUUUCAACAAGCCAUGACAAAGCACAUCUUCUAGAUUUAAAACAAAGAAAUACGGAUCGAAGUUCUUAUAUGAAUGCCGACCAUAAUUCAAUGCAACAAUCAAUUCAUACCAAUUCAGGAAUCUCAAUUUCUCCAACAAAUUUGUGUGCAUCCGAUCUUCCACCGGCAAAAGAUUAUACGGAACCAACUUUAUUGCACAAACCAUAUAUAACUUCAAUACUAAAUCUCGAUGAGCAGAAAUCAGAUAAAACGGAGUCAACGACUGAAUCAAACAUUAAGCCUUCAGAGAAUUUUUUAAUGAAUAUGUACACCCUAAAGCUGGACUAAGACCUAUACAUAUAACUCCCCGAAAGAAAACAGCUAGUAAGCAUUUAACUGGUGCUAAAACUACUCCAAAAGAUGAUAAUUACUCUUUAAAUAUGACAAUAUUUACCGAUUCAGAGCAAUCUUCCAGCAGUAUAUCAGAUAUAUGUUCAACUGACUCUGUGUUGAGUAAUAUUGGCUUAAGUUCUUUACCUUUCGGCUCACCGAAAAGGAAAUGUGUGGAAGAAUCUAACGACAAUGUAUCCUGCAAUGCAUUAAAUAUAAGCUGUAUUGAUAAUUGGGAGUGUUGUAAAAAUUCAACAUCUGUCGAAACUUUCGUUGAAAAUGCUGACAUAAGUAGUAUCAAGAAAACCUCUAUUACCCUGACAAAUAUUGAUUCUUCUGCGUCGAAAUACCUACCUAGCUCGGCAAUAGAAAACACAAGCACAAACAUUAGCUCUUUUUUGGAGAUUUCAAAUACUUUAAAUUUGGAUGGAGUUACCGUUCCUGUUUCAAAGCAAAGAUCGAAGCGUCAUUUUUGUCUAUUUUGCAAGACUCUGCAAUGCAAAAUUGCAAGACAUUUCUUUCUGAAACACAAAAGCGAAAAACUCGUAAAACUAGCCAUGGCACUACCGAAACGUAAUAAAGAGCGUUUGCAAAUAAUUGAGAAGCUACGAAAAGAAGGGGAUUUCCUCCACAAUACAUCGCAAGAGCAAAACACAGGUACUUUGAUUGUACUUAGACAGCAAGGACAAAAAGCUAAACAUACACCCAAUGACUACGUAUGCUGUCCGUCGUGCAAAGGUUUUUACGCAAAAUUUACCGCAAGGGCACAUAUACGAUAUUGUACUAAGAAAAAAAAUGGCAGAUCGAAUUUUAUAGAGGGACGAAAAUUAACUCAAUACGUACAUCCUGUUGCAAACACAGCAAUGAAGAGCACCAUUUUUCCAGUUUUGCGAAACGACGAUAUAACCCGUGCGAUUCGUUACGACGAGUUAGUAAUUAGAAAUGGAAACAGAUUGUCCGAAAAAUUGUCGCAAACUCACCAUAAUGAUCACAUACGAGCAAAUAUGCGACUACUGGGGCGGUUUAAAAUAGAAUUAUUAAAAUUAGCACCGGAAAUCUUAGAACUUAAAGAUAUGUUCAAACCCUUUUUGUUCGACAAGGCAAUAGAAGCUUUGCGAUUGACAGCAAAAUAUGAAUUCGGCAAAGGGUUUGCCACGCCGGCUGUAGCUACCAAUUUGACAAGUAUAAUAAAAAACUGUGCACGAAUACAGAGGAAUGAGUUUAUCAAGCAACAAAAUGAUGAUAUGAAGUCUCUUCUUGACAACUUUGUGUCCCUUUGGACUGAGGAAACCCCCACUCAGAUUAAUAAAAAAUCGAUCGAGGACCAAGAUAAUCAAAAAAGAAACAAAAGAAAUGGUUUGCCAAACAAACAAGAUAUACAAAAGCUAUACGACUUUCUGAGAUCAAAAAUGCUGGACUCAAUUGCAGUAUUAACGGAAAAAUUUGAUUUAAACGCUUGGAAGAAUCUCGUUGAGACAACCUUAAUAUGUAUCCAGGUGUUUAACAGGAGAAGAGCAGGAGAAAUAGAACGAAUAACUAUUGACAAUUUUAUCAAUAAAGAAGAAAUUACAAAUUGUUUGGAGGCAGGUCUUCUUGACAAUAUGUCAGAGGAGUCAAUUCAAUUUGCCAAACAAUUUGUAAGAAUAUCAUUGAGGGGCAAAUUAGGAAGAACAGUCAGCGUAUUAUUGGAUCCGAUGUGUAUAAAGGCUGUGCAACUUAUUUUAAAAUUUCGCAAAAAUGCUGGUAUAAAAAAUUCGAACCCAUAUAUAUUUAGCGCUCCAGCAACAUCAAAGCUGUCAAAAAUGUACUACAGAGCGUGCCCAUUGUUAAGAAAAUACGCAAACGAAUGUGGAGCUUCCAUGCCUGACAAUCUAAGAGGCACAAAAUUGAGGAAACAUAUCGCCACAUACACGUCCUUAUUAAAUGUCCAAGAAGCUACUGUUGACAGAUUAGCCAACUUCCUAGGCCAUCAUAAAGACAUACAUAAAAACAUAUAUCGAAUGCCUGUUCCAAUGGCCAUUACAGUCUCUAAAUUUUUAUUAUCUGCUGCUGGUUGCAAUACAUCAUCAACCAUUGAAGUUUCAAAAAAUACUAAUUCUUCUAAGUUAAAAAAACGUAGCAUUAUUGCCAUAACACGUAUUCUUUAUAAGCAACACUAA